UCAUAUAGAUAUAUAUUUUGUUGCUUCUAAUUGUUUUUUUUCCUUUCAGUUAAAGAAUGGCUGACUUUGAUAUUAAGAUGACUGAAGAGGAGCGAGAUUCUGACCAGCGUUAUCCAUUUUCACGAUGUAGUUCAACUGGCUCGAUCCACACCCUCACAUCUUCAGCCAACAACACAGAUGUUACGGAUGACGAGGACAGCGAUCGAGGCAAUCAGAUGAGCUACAAGGAAAGACGUCGGGAAGCCCACACUCAGGCGGAACAGAAGAGACGUAAUGCGAUAAAUAAAGGAUACGACUCACUUCAGGAUCUUGUCCCUACAUGCCAGAACUCAGAACAAGGCCAGGGUUAUAAGAUGUCAAAGGCAACGGUAUUGCAGAAGAGCAUUGACUAUAUACAGUUUUUGAAAAAGGAAAAAGCCCAACAAGAGAAGGAAGUCGCAGCAUUGCAGAAGGAAGUUGUAGCCCUGACGAUCAUGAAGUUGAAUUAUGAACAGAUUGUGUCCGCCCACCAGAGUCAGCCUGGCCAGUUGAACAAGCAGAUCUCAGACGACGUUAAAUUCCAAGUGUUCCGUGCAGUGAUGGAUUCCCUCCACCAGACCUUUGACCAGUGCGUAGCCACCAACAACUUUGCAGAAAUCUCCGGCUCAGUUAUAUCGUGGGUUGAAGAACAUUGUAAACCUCAGAUUCUGCGUGAAAUUAUGUGCGGAGUUCUCCAGCAGCUUGGUACACAUGAGGCAGCUUUUAUGAAUUGAUAUGAAACAGACAACCACAACAUGAUAUUGGCGUCCAAAAGACACCUGGACGCCUCCCUAACUACAUGCCUGCCAUCAACAAACAAGAGAAAAUGGAAGCAGCAAAUGAGGGUCUCUCACCAAGGGAUGAUGGCCAAGCCAUGAACUUCACUGGCCAGUAGGUGACUGCAUUAGCAUGGAGUAGAUGUUUACCCAUCUACCAGCUUAAAGGUCCAGAAAGAAUAUACAUAUACAUAGACAUCUACAUCUAUAAUAUCUACAUAAAUGUAUGUGUAAAUAAUAUGUAGAUAUUUUGUUGUGCAGUGAUUAAAGUCAGUACUCCUUGUAGUGGAGGAGACAACUUUACUCAAGGUUAUGUACAGCAAUUUUGUGUGAAAGUUGGAUGAUUUUAGAGACAUAAUACAAGGUAGGAAAACCUACUGUACAAGGAAGGAUUUAUUUGAAGGUGGGACAACCCUUUUAAAAUCCAGUUCAUCUUAAAGUAUGAUUAUAUAUAGGAAAUUGGUUAUGUACAGCAAUUUUGUGUGAAAAUUGGAUGAUUUUAGAGACAUAAUAAGAGGUAGGAAAACUUACUGUACAAGGAAGGAUUUAUUUGAAGGUGGGACAACCCUUUUAAAAUCCAGUUCAUCUUAAAGUAUGAUUAUAUAUAGGAAAUUGGUUAUGUACAGCAAUUUUGUGUGAAAAUUGGAUGAUUUUAGAGACAUAAUAAGAGGUAGGAAAACUUACUGUACAAGGAAGGAUUUAUUUGAAGGUGGGACAACCCUUUUAAAAUCCAGUUCAUCUUAAAGUAUGAUUAUAUAUAGGAAAUUGGUUAUGUACAGCAAUUUUGUGUGAAAAUUGGAUGAUUUU